AUAAGAAUUAGUCAAACAGAAAUAGUGGUUACAUAAAUGUUGCAAUGUGUAUUUCUUUUUGUGGAAUCCAGUGUCUUAAUUCACACCGAAAAGAACCCAGAAAAACGCUACAGUAUUUUCUCACGGACAUAGAUCAAACCAACUCGGUUGCCCAUAGCAACAGUGUUGCGCCGUUGACUUUCUUGACCUGAUUUUUGAAAUUGAACGGCGGGCAAUUUGGGCUCUAUAUAAUCUUUGAAUAAUAUUUAAAAUGGCCUCUGCUAGAUGUAUGCCUUUCAGGCCACACGAUUUCAUGUACGAUCCGAUUUUUACUGUUUCUGGACCCGCAGAUCACUACAAAGCUGCUAUAGCUGCAAAAAUGUCUACAGCGAAAUUCCAAAUAUGUCCGAUAUUCCCGAACAUGUUCUCGGACCUGCCCUCACGACCCAGAGUCCAAUACGUCCGGAGGCGGCCCACGUUGAAAGCGCCGCCCCCGUUCAAACGACGUUUGCCGUCGGAACCGACCGAUCCUCGACUUCAGAGACAGCCUGACGUCCUAGGGAAAGAUAGGCUCAAGUUUUUCUGCCCUAUCAUCAAUUUUCCCACCAAGGAAGCACUGCCGUAUGUGGCCUUCCAAACGUACAAAAUCGAAAGAAUACCGAAAAAAAAAAAUCAAAAAAGCAGCUACAGCGAAGACGCUGACGUUUGACGUAGGAACGGAAACAGAUUACAGAGAAUCUGGUGCCCAAACGGAUCCCUGGGAACCACCUUAUGUGGUUGUCGGCGACGGCGACCCCGAAGUGCUCAAAUUGGAGUUUCUCAAAUGGGGUAGCGGGUUACCAGCAGGUGUUCGAGAAGUUCAACUGAUAGAACGGGCUCGGAUGAAAGCAGCCUGGGAAAAAGUGAUACAACCCAAUGUAAACGAUGAAAAUUCACUGGUACAAUUCAGAGACUAUUUGGAAGCUCUUGAAAGAGACGAAUGGGCGUUCAGAGAACAGGAAAUCGCAGAAGUACAAGAGCUACGACUACAACUACUAGAAAAUAUGCUGGACGAAAUCCAUGAAAAAUCUCAUACAAGAACGGAAAUGAAGAUGAAUAGUUUUAUAGAAAGACAAAACGCGCUGAAAGAAGAAAAAUUGAGCAAAAUUAGAAAGCAAGCCGCUAGAGGUAAUAAUUAUUAUAUAGGGUGUUUCAGUUUAUUGUUGCAUAACUUUAAGAUUCGAUAGAACUUUUAAAAUUAAUGCAUAAAGUAUAUAUAAACAUGGGUCGAAAAAUGCGUGGCUUCCGAAA